UAUUACCCUGUUCUUUUCCUAUAAAAAGAUCGACAAAACUUAUUCACGCAAAUCGUAUUUGCAACAACCCUUCUUCGGUGAAAUCUCUCAACAAUAUAAUGGGAAACUUGUUUUGUUUGUAUCAAGUUGAUCAAUCUACUGUUGCUAUUAGGGAAACUUUUGGGAAAUUUGAUGAAGUUCUUGAGCCUGGUUGUCACUGUGUGCCAUGGAUUUUUGGAAGCCAAAUUGCUGGCCAGCUUACUUUAAGGCUUCAGCAGCUGGAUGUCAAGUGUGAAACAAAAACUAAGGACAAUGUCUUUGUCAAUGUUGUAGCUUCAAUUCAGUAUCGUGCUCUGUCUGAAAAGGCAAGUGACGCGUACUACAAACUCAGCAACACAAGGUCCCAAAUCCAGGCCUAUGUUUUUGAUGUUAUAAGGGCUAGUGUUCCAAAGAUGAACCUUGAUGAUGCUUUUGAGCAGAAGAAUGAAAUUGCCAAGGCUGUUGAAGAAGAACUUGAAAAGGCAAUGUCUGCAUACGGUUUUGAGAUUGUCCAAACAUUGAUUGUCGAUAUAGAACCAGAUGUGCAUGUGAAGAGAGCUAUGAAUGAGAUCAAUGCAGCUGCAAGGAUGAGGGUGGCAGCUAAUGAGAAAGCUGAGGCUGAGAAAAUUCUCCAAAUCAAGAGAGCCGAGGGUGAGGCUGAAUCCAAGUACUUGUCUGGGAUGGGUAUUGCACGUCAGCGUCAAGCCAUUGUGGAUGGUUUAAGAGACAGUGUGUUGGGGUUUUCUGUCAAUGUGCCUGGAACCACUGCUAAGGAUGUGAUGGACAUGGUUCUUGUGACUCAGUAUUUUGACACCAUGAAGGAAAUUGGUGCUUCAUCUAAAUCCUCUGCUGUCUUCAUCCCUCAUGGACCUGGUGCAGUUAAAGAUGUGGCUAGUCAGAUACGUGAUGGGCUUCUUCAGGGCAAUGCUACCAGCUGAUUUCUGACUAUAUUUCUCUGAUGCAGUGAAGUUUAGAGUAUUAUGCUACGCGUGUACAGUUUUAUGUUACCUAUAAUCGCGGUUUAUAUUUUAACUUUGUGACUUUGCUACGUCUAUAUGCUAUGUUAGGGUUUCUAAACGUCACGAGAUUUCUUAUGAAAAUCUUGACCUGUUUGAGUACCGUGUCCCAAGUUUAUCUAAAAGUGAGUGAUUUCUGUA